AUGAAGGUGUCGAGAAGUGACACAUCGGACGUGAGAAAAAAAUUGGAUUCCGUCGUUAAUGUUCCUCUCUCGAUAUUGAACAAACAAAAAGUGAGUGAAAACGCAUCGAUGAGAACAAUGUCGAGUGAAAAUUUUUCCGUUUUCCAAGAGGUUAAAGGAACUCUUAAGAGAAUAAUUAAAAUAAUCGAAGAGCAAGCCAAGCAGGAAAAAAUUGAACAGUACAAAAGGGAAAAAGAACAAAGGCAAGCUGAAAAACUCGAAGAGAAAAAGAAAAAGGAUCACGAGAAAGAAUUGAAAAGGAAAUGGAGAGAAGAAAAAGAAUUUACGGAUAGGAAUGCGGGUGGGACCGACACGGUGUUGACGCAAAGAUACGAAACGAAUUUGUCGGUUAACAUGAAGGAGGGAAACGGGGCGGAGGAUGUGUGUAAUUUCACAUACGAUUACAUGAGGAAAAAGAUGAAAAAGUCAAGGCAUCAUUGUAAGAAACAUUCCGAUGGGUCUCACUGCAAAAGAAAAAGAAAGAAGAAAGAACACGAUUUCAUGAAAACGGAUUCUGGAUUUCCAAUUCAAAAGGAAAAAUUGGAAACAUCCGAAGUUGUUUUUCCCAACAGCAUGGAAAUCGGAGAAACGGUAGAAAUAUCGACGGAAUAUGGCGGCGACAACGCACCCACGUUGUCAUCGCCUUUCAAACAAAACAAUUCCGUUUCUUUUAAAGAGGAAAAGAAAGAGGAAAACAUUUUCGCUAGCAAACCAAAGAAAGGGGAAUUCGAGUUCAUGGACGAGUACCUGAAAUUCAUGGCGCGAGAAAAUGAGACGAGUCCCGCGCCGAGUCCUCCUCCGAGAGUUUUGACGAAGGUGGAAAAACCCGCGAGACCCACGACGAUUGUUUUACCUCAGCAGCGAAAACCUCGGAAAGAAGUCAGGCAACAGGGUGCUCUCAUGAAAAGCGCACAAAAACUUUUAAAAAGUUUACCCAAACAUUCACGGAGGCCCCCCGAUACGACGGUGGACAAUUCGACGAAUAGAAUUUGGGUUUCGAGUACGCUUCAGCGUUCGACGGCGUCGUCGGGUUCAUCGUCGUCGGCCACGGGUUCGUCCAAUCAAACAAAAACGAGCAACAGCGUACCAAAGGGGCAUCCGUGUUUCACGAUAGAGUCAAAACCCAAAGAAACGACUCCGCCAUUCAAAAGACUGUUCGAGAGUAAAAGCGUGACCACUUCUUUUACUCAAAACACGUUUUCAAACGUUGGAAAUGGGAACGCGUACAAAACGGCAGACGGACAACAACAACAGCAGCAGCAGCAACUAUCGUCUGCAAUCCCGACGACGACGACCGUAAAUAAAAAUUACAUUCAGUUCAAUCCGAAAAUAAUCAGGCCUCCCGUGCUUCAAGUGAGUUCGACAAACUUAUCGAGAACAACAAAUCAAAAUAAUUGGAUCAUGUUGAACAGGAAAACGGAAACGAGUCAACAAACAAAGGGAGUCAAUUAUCUGACGCUGAACUCGUCCAGGGAUAAAAUAAUAGCGCUACCAAAAAGUUUUGUGGGAAAUUUCGGGGGUGGUGCGAACGGCGGGUUGACGGUUGACGGUUCCAAAAGCAUAUACAUAAAAAGGAACGGAGGACCGUUGCCGUCGACGUCUUUACUGAUCUCAAAUCCGAAGAAACUCGCGACGGUACCCGCCGUCGUCAUGAAAUGUGAUAAUAAUAAUUCUUUGCUUUCCGUCACGAAUUCGAAUUCCGCACAGCUGUCGAAAUCGUUCGUGCAAAAAGUGCCGGGUCAAUCGUCGUCUUAUUUGAUUUUUCCACAACAUACGACGACUCAGUCGAACGAAUUUCACAAUGAUGAUAAAGUUUUGGAUAAUUUAAAAAUUGAAUAUCCGAAUAAAUGUCACACUGAGGAAAGAAUAAAAGAAGAAAAUGGAGGAGUGGGAAGGGUUGAUGGCGGAUCGGGUUGUUCAUCAUCCGAACUCGAUUUUGGUAAAAAGAAAAAGAGAAAAACCGAACAAGAAAAACUAAUAGCUAGUCUCAACCAAACGGAAUUGACACACGUUGACGGUGCCUUUAAAAGAAGUACAACAAUCAGGUAUAAUAAUUUAAACGAGGAUAAACUAUUGGAUAAUUUGUUCGACAGUCGAUCGGGUAAACCGAAAAGAUCAAGUGGUAAAAAAAUGAUGAUCGUGUGCUGUGAAGAAACGAAUGAAAACAACGCGAACAAUGGCGACACGAUGGAAAGUAAAAAAAAACGGAAAACGAGUUGCUGCGGGGAUAAUAAUGACGGAAACGGAAACGGAAACGACGACAGUAUUGCCAACGUCGGCGGCAACAGUCGCGGCGGUAGUUUGCCGGAAAUUCGCGGAGAAACGUGUGAAAAAUCCGUGAGUGAUGUGAAAAAAAUGUCGGGAGAAGUUAAAAAGAAAAGAAAAACGGAAAAGGAAAAACUAAUUGAAAAUUUAUCCGCGAUCGAAAGGAUUCACGUCGAUGGAGCUUUUAAAAGAAACAGGAAAAGGUGGUUAACAUGUCGUCUGCAAAUGACAACAAUAGGAAAAUGA